AUGUCUAAAAAGGAAGAGAAAUUAGUGAAGGAGGAUGUGGCUGUGAAGCAGGAAGACGACAGCUCCUACUCCGGUGAGAGCCAGGAGGAGCUUAACUGGUGGGAGCAGGAAAACGUCCAGUUUACGUCAAAGGGAGAGAAGCGGUGGGACAUGUUGUGCCACAACGGUGUCAUGUUUCCUCCAGAGUACAAGCCCCACGGCAUUCCUAUCUACUACGAGGGUAAAGAAUUUAAGUUGAAACCGGAGGAGGAGGAAGUUGCGACGAUGUUCGCUGUGAUGCGGGAGCACGAUUACUAUCGUAACGAGAUCUUCCGUCGAAACUUCUUCUCUAGCUGGCGAGAGAUUCUUGACAGACGCCAGCAUCCAAUUCGCCGGUUGGAACUGUGUGACUUUGAACCCAUCUACCAAUGGCACCUGCGCGAGCGGGAGAAGAAGCUAAGUCGCACAAGGGAGGAAAAGAAGCAGCUGAGGCUCGAGGCGGACAAGGAGGCGGAGCCGUACAGGUGGUGUGUGUGGGAUGGGAAGAAGGAACAGGUGGCGAAUUUUCGCGUGGAGCCUCCAGGGCUGUUCCGCGGGCGUGGUCAACAUCCACUGAUGGGAAAAUUAAAGAAACGCGUUCAACCAGAGGACAUCACCAUAAAUAUAGACGAAUUCUCGCCCAUUCCAAAACCCCCUGAGGGACGUAACUGGAAGGAGGUUAUACACGAGCAUAACGUCACUUGGUUGGCGAUGUGGCGUGACUCCAUCCUUGGCAGUUUCAAGUAUGUGAUGCUUGCCCCUUCCUCAACAAUUAAGGGGCAGUCGGACAUGAUGAAGUUUGAAAAGGCGCGGGAGCUUAAGAAGUAUGUGGAUGACAUCCGUCGAUCCUACACGGAGGACUUCGCCUCGAACGACGUGCUGAAAGCUCAACGUGCGGUGGCCAUGUACUUUAUAGACAAGUUGGCGCUCCGUGUAGGUAACGAGAAGGGAUCGGACGAGGCCGACACCGUGGGGUGCUGUUCGCUUCGUGUGGAGCACAUUGAGCUGAAACCCGGUAACGUAGUAAAGUUUGACUUUCUUGGCAAAGACUCCAUCCGGUACGAGAAUGAGGCUGUGGUUCUGCCUGCUGUCUACGAGUUGCUGCGCCGCUUCAUCAAGGGCAAGAAGCCGUCCACCGACAUAUUUGACAUGAUUACACCCACCGCGUUGAAUGAUCACUUGAAGUCAUUUAUGAGUGGCCUGAGUGCGAAGGUGUUCCGUACCUACAAUGCCUCGAUCACGCUAGACCGCUGGUUUAAGGAAAAACCCGUCGCACCUUCAGCCUCUGUGCCGGAUAAACUUGCAUACUUCAACAAGGCCAACACGGAGGUUGCGAUUCUCUGUAACCACCAAAAAUCCGUCUCGAAGAACCACCGCAACGUGAUGCAUCAACUGACAACCAAGUCGACCUACACCCGCACAAUGAUUGAUGCCCUAAAACGUGCCCAAGAGACGGCCAGCAAAAAGUCCUUGGAGCAGGCCGCCAAGGAGUUCUUUGCGGAGAUGGAUGAGCUGCAGUACAAAUGGCUUGAGGCGUACGGAACGGAGGAGCAGAAGAAGGAAUAUGAUGAGAUCGUCAAGAACCGAGGCGUGCCGCGAAAGCAAUCCUCAAAGUCCAAAUCGAACGGCUCCAAGUCUGAUGGGAAGAAAAAGACGGCGAAGAAGAGCAGCGGCUCCAAGGGGGGAAAGAAAAAUGUAAAGAAGAAUGCGAAAGGCUCCGCAAAGUCGAAGAAGGGGGCGAAGAGCGCAAAGAAGGCGGGCACCAGUAAGCGUGGGAGCAGAGCGAAGAAAGCGGAGGAAUCGGACUCCGACGACGACAAGGUGCUUGCAAGCAUUGCAAGGAAGAUGAACAACAGCAAGAACAGCGGCACCAAGCGUGAAGGAAAGGGUGGGGUGAAGCGGGACCGCAGCGGGAAGCCGGUGGUAAAGGCGGAGGCAAGCGACGACGAGGAUGUUCCCCUCAGUGCACUCUGCUAG